AUGACCCUCAUCACCGAGCUCGAGAGCAUCCACGACCAGCACAAUAAGAAGGACUCUACUAUUACGUACAAAUUCCGUUUCUUACCAGACGCUAUCCCAAAGUGUUUCGGUGACAAGCAGCUGCGAGCUGACUUCAGGAAGUGGGGAUUGGAUGAGGAUAUGGUAAUCAUGGUUUGGGCCGAUAGUUAA